GCUCGGCCGCCCGACUCCGAUUCCGGGCUGCGGCUCCGGGAGGGUGCCGGGUGGAGCCCAGGGCCGGAGAGGCAGGUGGAGUCAUUAGACAAGAAAACAGCCUGCUAACAACCAGCAGUUUAUAUAAGGAACAACUUCAAUGGAUAAUGGCGGGCAAAGUGAAAUGGGUGACGGACAUUGAGAAGUCGGUGCUCAUCAAUAACUUUGAGAAGAGAGGCUGGGUCCAAGUGACAGAGAAUGAAGACUGGAACUUUUAUUGGAUGAGCGUACAGACAAUCCGGAAUGUGUUCAGUCUCGAAGCUGGCUACCGCCUCUCCGACGAUCAGAUAGUCAACCAUUUCCCCAACCAUUAUGAGCUGACCAGGAAGGACUUAAUGGUGAAGAACAUUAAAAGAUACAGGAAAGAGCUGGAGAAAGAAGGAAGUCCCCUGGCAGAGAAGGACGAGAAUGGGAAAUACAUUUAUCUGGACUUCGUGCCAGUCACCUUCAUGCUUCCCGCUGACUACAACCUGUUUGUGGAGGAGUUCCGGAAAAGCCCCUCCAGCACGUGGAUUAUGAAGCCUUGUGGGAAGGCCCAGGGGAAGGGAAUAUUUCUCAUCAAUAAACUCUCACAGAUUAAAAAGUGGUCUCGGGACAGCAAAACGUCAUCGUUUGUUUCUCAGUCGUCCAAAGAAGCCUAUGUCAUCUCUCUGUAUAUCAGCAAUCCGCUGCUCAUUGGCGGGAGGAAGUUUGACCUGCGCUUGUAUGUGUUAGUGUCCACAUACCGGCCCCUGAGGUGCUACAUGUAUAAGCUGGGCUUUUGUCGAUUUUGCACCGUGAAGUAUACACCAAGCACGAGUGAGCUGGACAACAUGUUUGUCCACCUCACCAACGUUGCCAUCCAGAAGCAUGGGGAUGAUUACAACCACAUCCACGGGGGCAAGUGGACAGUGAACAACUUGCGGUUGUAUCUGGAGAGCACGCGUGGGAAGGAGGUCACAGGCAAGCUGUUUGAUGAAAUCCACUGGAUAAUCGUGCAGUCCCUGAAGGCCGUGGCUCCCGUGAUGAAUAACGACAAGCAUUGCUUUGAGUGCUACGGCUACGACAUCAUCAUUGACGAUAAACUGAAACCCUGGCUGAUCGAGGUUAAUGCGUCCCCAUCUCUCACCUCCAGCACGGCCAAUGACCGGAUCCUCAAGUAUAACCUGAUCAAUGACACCCUCAACAUCGCUGUGCCCAACGGCGAAAUUCCAGACUGCAAGUGGAAUAAGUCGCCACCCAAGGAAGUGCUCGGCAAUUAUGAAAUUUUGUACGAUGAAGAAUUAGCUCAGAACGACGGGGCAGAGCGGGACCUAAGGAAUCGUUCUGGGCCAUCCAUUGGGCUUAAAGGCAGUCGGACCAGAGACACAGGAAAGACUGCCCUGACCACGUGGAAAUAGCUGUCCCAGUGAAAGCAGGAGGGCAUGGUCGGAGUGCAGUGGCCUCGGGGAGGCUGGGCUUCUUCCAGAGACUGCCUCACACCUCCCUAUCUUUCUCUGACUUCCUUCCUUCCUUCCUUCCUUUCUUCCUUCCUUCUUCUCCCCUCCCUCCCUCCCCCCCCCCUUCCUUUGCCAACGGAGGUAUCUAGGAGAAGUGCGUUCCAUUGGAAGGUAUGAAUUGGAUCCUUUUCACCAUGUUUCCAUUGCUGCUGUAUAUAAUUAGGUUUUCCAACAGAAAUCUAUCGUCCUUUGCAUGUCAGUGAACCUAAUAAAUGUCAUCGCUGUUUUUUAAAGUUUAA